UUAGCUGCUCUUUCCCCUCCACGCGAAGGCGUGUUUUGCGUACUGUUACCCCUCUUGGGUGUCUUUGACUUUCACUCGGCAGAAUGAAGCAUGUGCAGAGAUUGCUGAUGCCGGCAACUCACACGGGUAGAGUUUUAUCGAGUUACCAAUGAAAGGAGAACCAGCUGCUCGAAAUACAAUUGUCUCCUUCAACAUCGGAAAGUGUGCCGGUAAUAUUGUGACCUGUAUUGACUCCUCAAUCCCUUUGUCUUCAGCAGAGGAACCCAGCAGGACGAUCCAGCCACCUGAUCUCCGACAAGUCACUAUCUUAACCAAGGCCGAAUGGCUGAGGAUUCAAGAUGAAUUGAACCGGGUUAAUAAAGACAAGGAGAGUAUGAGAGAGGCAGCGAGCCAGAGAGAAGCCUUGCACCUGCAAUCAAAAGAGGUGGUGAAACUGUGGUCCAAUACCAUCGCUGGUCAAAGGCAAAAGAAUCUGGAGGCAAAGAAGAUUCGGGAGCAGAUUGAGGAGGAGAAAAGGAAACUGACUGAUAUAGAAGAGGCCAAAUACCAGGAACAAAAGCGUAAAGAGGCCAUUGAAAAAGCCAAGACUCAGCUGUAUUAUCAAACCGACCGCGUCAAAGGAUUACAUCGUGCACUCAUGCUGACAGAAGUGCUGAAGGAGAGGGAGGCUCAGAUUGAACUGAAGCAAAGAAUAAAGAGUGCCUCUAAAGAUGUGGACAAAGAAUUCAUGCAUAUAUCAAAGACCAGAGAGGAUGAGGCACUGAGAAGGGAGCAGGAGAAAGCACAUCAGAAAAAGCUUGAGAGACAGGCUGUUGCAGAGAACCUGAAAAAGCAGAUCAAGGAAAAUGAGUUGGCGAGACAGCGACAAAAGACUGAGAACAAGAAAGACGGAGAGGAAAUCCAACGCCAUCAAGAACUCUAUCAGUGGGAGCAAAGAAUGGAGGAAAGAAGACAAGCAGAGCAGAAGAGAAACCUUAUGCAAGGUCACCUGGAACAUCUCACCAAUAGAGACCUCAUAAGAGCAGCAGAUGCACAAAAACACGCGGCUGAAGAGGAGCAAAGGAAACUUUAUCUCUCUGCGAAACAAAAAAUGAUGAAGUUAAGGAAAGACAAAGAAAUGGAGAUUUUUAGAGAGGCCCAGAUGCACAGAGAGAGGAUCAUGAACAAACUGACAGUCACGCAGCAGGAGCAAACCGUCAGUGAGGAGCAGAGGCUUGCUAAGGCUGUUGCUGAACGGGAUGCAAAACAGGCGCAACAGCAGAGGGAGGAGGAGGAGAAGAGGUCUGCAAUGUUGAAGUCGAUCACUGCACACAGAGAAUUCAUGAGAAAGGAAAAGGAGCAGAGGGACAAAGUAGCACAACAGAACAUGCGAGACACGCUUCAAGCCAAGAGAGAGGCCGACAGAAUAUUUUCUGAGAAGCAACAACUGAAGACUCAGAGGAUCAGGGAAGAUGAAAGAAAAUUACAAGAAUUCAAUGCCACACAAAUGGCUGCAAAAAUUGCCAGGCAUCAGCAGCUGAGAAGAGAGGAGCAUGAGUUUGAGGCCAAGAACACAGACCUUGUUGCUACCGAGGAAAACCAAUUUCAACAGUACGCACAGCACAUUAUCGAUGCAGCGGCAGAGGCUCAGCGAAAUGUUUUUCCACUUUGCAAAGCUGCGAGGGAAGGGAUUGGAGGAGGGCUGGGUCCCGUUUGUAGCGGUGUCAGGCCUAGCUACCUCGUUCAGGACUGUAGUGGUGCUCAGAUGCCAAACUAUGUCUCUGGUGCCACCGAGAACAUUAAAAAGCUUAAUGAAGCUGUAGAUAUUCAAGAAGCAAAGAGGAGACUCGGGUUUAUGUAGUGAUAGAUCACUCCCAGCUGGCUAUUUUCGUUCCAAGAAUGUUUCCUUAAAUUUACCAUCUCUGAACACACUGAAUGUUAUAACAUUCUUAAAAUACUUUGACCAAGGCUGUGUCUGAAAUUACUCCCUCAUUCACUACUAACAUAGUGAAUAGUAAAUUGGGAUUAUGGACGCUUGAAUUCUCAUGAUUUUGAUCAUGACUGACACGUGGAGUCUCACAUGACUUUAGCCUGGUGGCCUAGGUGUUAACGGCGCCGACCCUGAACCAGAAUGUCUCUGGUUGGAGUCCAGCCUGGGACCUGUCGCUUGGCUGUCGUUCUCAUCUCAUUACUGACGGCAUAAAAAUGCCUAAAGACUACUUACUAAAAUACAAGUAUGUGAUGACAGAAUCAAGUCAACUCAAACCAGACAAAUAGCAUGCUAAAUACAGCCAAUUUCUGAGUGGGCUGUUGAUGGAUACUAUUCUCCCACAAUGCAGUGCACAAAGGAAAUGGUGGAACUGCUCACAGAUGGCAAAAAUUUAAGCAAACUGUGGAUAAUGGUGAAGCAGCUCCAGAAAGAUAUUGAAAAGCAAAAACAAGUUAUCAAGACAUUAUUUUUUCUUUUUUUUCCCUGAAGUUUAACUUAGUGAGAUUCCAAAAUCACAGUGAUGGACAUCUGACACAUAUUGUAUAAUUUCCUGUUAGUAUUAAAAAAACAACUAUUCUACUGCUUUAUACUAACUGCUAAAACAGUAUACUAUAACAUUUAGUGUGUAGAACAUACUGUGUAGAAUCAGUAUGUUGUACGAAUUUGGGACACAGCUCAAUUUCUCCUCUCCUUACAUUUUUGAGGGCACUAUGCAGUGCAUGAUUUUCACUCAUACAGUACACUAUACACACCGCACUGUACACUAUAAGAGGGAGUGACUUCAGACACAACUAAAAACUUUUAGGGAUGUUAUUCAAAGUGUUCAUUAGGUACAUGAUGUAUGUGCUCUGGACAAUGUUCUCUGAUAGUUGCGGUCAAAAUACUCUACAGUUUAAUCACAUAAAGUGAUCUGUGAACGUUUCACAUCAGCUGCCCCAAGCAGACAUGACAACUUGUCUGGGCUAACAAUAUGGACUCUGGUUUCCCCUGAUCCAAGCAAUUUACUACUACUGCAUUUAACAGUGCAGUGUAAAUUCGCUAUAAUAAUGUAAUUACUGUGUGUUGCUAUGUUGGAUGAUAAUAUUUUAGCCUCCAAAAUGAUAAUUGUUGUUUGUUUGUUUGUGUUAUAAUAGUAACAGCAUUUA